AUGGCUCUCUUCGCCGCAUCAGCACAGCAGGAGGCUGUCGCCGCUCCCAUUCAGCACCGCUUCGACCCUUACGAGGACAACGGUGGUACCAUCCUUUCGAUUGCCGGUGCCGACUUCAGCGUCAUUGCAGGCGACACCCGUCAGUCCCAGGGCUACAACAUUCAGACCCGUUACGCUCGCAAGGUCUGGCAGCUUACGGACAAGGUUGUCCUUGCGACCAACGGCUUUGCGGCUGAUGGUGCGAACUUUGUCAAGAAGGUCAAGCAGCGUUUGGAAUGGUACGAGAACGCGCACCAGAAGCAGAUGAGCAUCAAGUCGAUUGCGCGCAUGAUCCAGACCAUGCUGUACGCCAAGCGCUUCUUCCCCUACUACGUGUACAACAUUCUGGGCGGCAUUGAGGAGGACGGUACCGGUGCCGUCUACUCGUUCGACCCUGUUGGCAGCUACGAGCGCGAGGCGUGCCGUGCUGCUGGUGCCGCCCAGUCUCUCAUCCAGCCCUUCCUCGACAACCAGAUCUAUUUCCGCAACCAGACGUUCCCCGCCGACCAGCCCAAGCCCAUCCCUGGUAACCUGCCGCUGGGAACCGUCCUGGGUCUUGUUAUCGACUCGUUCACGUCGGCUACGGAGCGCCACAUCGAGGUCGGUGACGGCCUCGAGAUGUACGUCGUCAUGGCCAAGGGACGCGCGGUCGACGACCUCACCAGCAAGGGUGCUCUGCCCGAGGGUGUUGUGGUUGAGGAGCUUGGCCCUCUCGGUGAGGGUGGCGGUGAGCGCACCUUCCUUGUGCGCCGUACCCUCAAGCGCGACUAG